UAAUAGAUAAUGGUAAUAGAUAAUAUGGUAAGGUAGGUAAGAACCCAGCACGGCCUAUUUGAUCAACGCCCUCUCUAUGCUAUGUCCCAUUGUUUCUGAAUGGCCCAGCAAACAUUGGUUUACCAAAUAUUUACUCUUUUUCAUCUUCCUAUAAAUUACAUUCCUUCCCUUUGAAGUCAAGGAUCUCUACACCAUUGUCCUUAGUUCAGAAUGACGUACAUACCUCAUUUUGCCUGACUGUCUUUGGAAUUACUAUGUCUGUGUGGGCUCCCUGUACAUACGAAAUUAAAAUGGAUUUUCUCCUGUUAAUCCCUCUCAUGUCGAUUUAAUUCUUACUACAGCUGGAAGAAUCUUGAAGAUAUAAAUGAAUGUACCAUUGACGGCGUCAGAACCAAUGCCGUGAUACAAUUGGCAGUUACUACUGCAAGGGUCAAGCUUGCCAGAAGCUGGAGAAAGAUGGCAGAGGAUGUGAAGGAGUUUACCGAUUAGAGGCAAAGAUUGAAACAUCAGCCCAGACCUUACAGAAUGGUAUUCUACGGCAUCAUUGCAUGGAGUUAAAUGCACUGGAUUCAAAGAGACCUGGAUUGGAAUCUCAGUCUCUCACUUAACAGUUCAGCAAAAAAGAAACAGAAUUGUGGAGUUUUAAACAGGUGUGGAUGGCGUUGGUUGACACUGAAGAUCUUUGGGAUACCAAAUCUGGAAACAGACAAGACACCAAGAAUUAAAGAUGUCGAUGAAUGUGUGGUGGUGAAUGGAGGCUGCCAGCAGUGCUAUAUUAACACUCUGGGCACCUUCCACUGUGAAUGUGAUACGGGAUACGGACUCCAUGCUGAUGAACGCACCUGCAUAAAGAUGGAUCCCUGCACAGGUGGGAAUGGAUGUGCCCACAUCUGUCAGAAUGAGAAUGGUGUGACCAGGUGUGUCUGUUGCCCAGGGUACCAGUUGUCUAACGACAAAAAGGCCUGUGGAGAUAUGAAUAAGCAUACUGAAGGGCUGGCUCCCUGCAGCCAUCACUGUGGGAACACAAUGGGUUCUUUCAUUUGUGCCUUCCACCCUGGCUUUGAGCUGGAAGCUGAUGGAAAGCAGAGUUCCAACCCUGAUGAAUGUGAGAGUGGAGAAGCCUGCUGUACCCAACUCUGCAUCAGCUUAGGAUGCUAUAAAUGUCAAUGUCAGGAGCGCUUUAUCAGUUCUGAUGGUGGCAGAUAUGAUGGUAAAUUCCUGAGAUCUAACAUGAAAUCAUUAUGUGACGGGCCAAUCCAUGCAGGAAGAAUAUCUGAGGCCAAGGGUUAGGGGAAGAAAGGGAAGAUUCUGACACUAAAGGCACUUGGAUUUUAUGUGGUUCUACCAUUUACUAUUGUGUGAACUUGGGUGACCUAACUGGUCUGAGCCUCAGGUCCCCAUCAGUAAAGUGAAGACAAUAAUAGGAUUAGUGGGUAAAUCAAGUAAAGUAAUAAAUGUAAAGUGCCUAGUAUGGUGAUUGACAUCAAAAAAUCACUCCACUAAAAGUAGUUAUUAUUAUCAUAAUAUUCAUUGGCCCAUAAUCCCUUUUACCUAAUUUAAUACAUAUAGACAAGUGAGAGAUUUGGGCAAGCCAUAGCACACUGCCAUAGGAAUCACUCAGGGCAAACUUCACUGGAAUUAAAGUUGGUUCCUGAAAGUCAUUUUAAUUAAGGAGUCAUAGUAAAAGGAUUGCCAAUUCAUGAGCCACAGUCUAAAUCCCUACUGGAAUCCUUUACAUAUCUGAUAUUAAUCUAGAUAAUGUAAGUUUUAAGAUGAAUCAUUUUAUAAUCUUCUAACUUAUUUGUUAAAAUUGGUUCACUUACUUUUCAGACGAUUUCUUAAUCAUAUAUAUGUGUGAUUUAAAUGUAUGUAUAUGAUAUAUGAUGAUAUGUAUGUAUGUGUGAUAUAUGAUGUAUGUUAUGUAUGAUAUAUAAAUAUCAUGGGAAGUUCAGUGAGUAGUAUCAAGUCUCCUUUUUUAUACUAUUAAGAAUGGUUCAGGGGCGCCUGGGUGGCUCAGUGGGUUAAA